AUGGAAACAUCCUGGGCGGCCAUCUUGGGCCUGCACGCCCGGCCCUUCGGGGAGCCUAACUUCCGGUCUGGCCUCACCUCGGCCUUGCCCUGCCUUCCGCCAGGUGUCUGCAAUGCUCUUUCAUUGGAAAUUAAAGUGGAUCCUGAAGUACAAGCUUUUGUUGAUGAACAGGUGACCCUGAAAUGCUCAUUCAGAUCCGUCUCUCCCAUAACUCAGAAGCUGACUGUAGACUGGAGUUACCAGCCCCUCACAGGUGGUCGUAUGGAGACAAUUUUUCAUUAUCAGUCUGUUGCAUACCCAGCUGUAGUGGGAACAUUCAGAGACAGAAUUUCAUGGGUUGGGAACGUUGCCAAGGGUGAUGCCUCCAUUGCUAUCCAAAACUUGACGAUGAAUGACAAUGGGACGUUCACCUGUGCUGUGAAGAAUCCCCCGGAUGUGCACCACAACAUCCCCCAGACCAAGCUGACAGUCACACACAGGGGCUUUUCUUUCCAGCUAACUUCAGCAGUGUUGCUAUCCAUCUUAGUGUUCCUCCCCUCUGCCAUUGUGGUCAUUCUACUGCUGGUGAGGAUGGGAAGGAAAUUUGGAGUCCUAAAGCAUAGAAAAAAAUCUGGCUAUAAGAAAUCAUCCAUUGAAGUCUCUGAUGAGCCUGAGCGCACGGAGCAGGGCACCUGCCUGGGGAGGACGGGCACAUGGUGUUUGCAGUGUGUGGACACGGAUGAGGAGGAACCGUACUGA